CCAGAACACCACGUUCGUUCCCUUUGCUCUAGGCAUCCACGAAAUGCACCUGCGCACCCCUCGAAUCCACACCCCUAGACUCUUCCGAUCUUAUAUCAACGCCGGCGCCAUGACGACGACGCUCCCCCAAGGCAGUCAUUAUACUCUUAUUAUCCCUCAUGUCUGACUAGAUUCCCCCUCCCCACGCUCACUGUCCCUAAAAUCCAUGUGUCCAACCCGCAUUGGAAUUGUAUUGCGAUCAUGGAGACUUUCGGUGGAUUCCCCCGCCGCUUAACCCAGCUAUACUCAGACACGAAGACGUCCUGCGACACGGUAGUCAAGCAGGACACCCCCAACACGCUCACCGGCGAGAACCCUCUAUAUCGCACAUUUCGGAUCCAGAAGGAACGACUAAUAUCAUGGGGAAUGGAAUGGACCGACACUACCAAGGACAAGCAAGGAGACAUCGACGAGAGUGUGGAGCGCGCGGGUUUAACGGAGACGGUCUCCAGCGUCCUUGGCAGAAUCAAAGAGAUCCUAGACGAGGCAGAGAGCCUGCAGGUGCCCGCCGCCGUGCAUGGAGGGGCAAAGACCAUGUCUGGGGAGAAGAGUAGCGGUCGACCUUCUGAUCCUGCCUUGUGGGCGGCCUCUGAGAGGUCACGCUACGAGACUUUGGCUGAGAACCUGACCACAUCCAUCGAUGUCCUAUACGACCUCUCCAGCUCGAGAAGGCAUUCCCGCGAGAGUGGCCAUCUUACUCCCACUGCCACGGUAAAGUCCCACCACGACAGGAUCAAAUCAUCAAGCGCUGCCCGCGCCAUCUUCUCUUUGCCGGAAUACAGCGAUUCAGACGUCACUCUCAUCAACCCCCGGACGCUUCCAGUCUCCACCUUACUAUCAUCUCAUCUGAACGAUCUUCCGCAGAAACAGGACCCCACGGUUCUUCCCCAGAAAUUGGAUAUAGCAGACCUUGAGCUACCCAGUCACGAACCACCCCCUUCAUACGAAAGUGUCUCUUCAGCCAUUCGAGUGAUCGGAAAACUUCGUUCUCGACACAGUUCCACCAACCCCUGGAAGACCGACGGCAGCAAGAGUAUCCAAGAACACGUACUAGUAGAAUACGCUGCUUUCGACUCUGGCUAUCGCGAUACCGGAGUGCCACCAACCACCACUCGCCUUGAUCGACUUCUAGCUCUUCUAUCCCAAUUCUCGAGCGCCCAAUCUUCAUACAGCACACUAAAGUGCCUUGGAUAUUUCGAAGAUCCACACCACCCUCGAUUCGGAAUUGUUUUCCAACUUCCCACCUCUGUGUACUCAGGAGCAACCGACUCAAGCAGUAGACAAAUCGACUUCGAGCCUGUCACGCUAUUGAACGCGCUUCAGACUGGAUCCAAAACUCUGCACAACUCAAGUAGCGCCACGCCUCCCCUUGAAGAACGCUUCUUUCUUGCUUUCACUCUUGCCCGAACAUUCCAAAAAAUCCAUGGCGAGAACUUUACCCACAAAGACGUCAACAGCAGCAAUAUCCUUCUGUUCAAGAAGAACCGAAGCCAAACCCAAUCACGAAAUAGUCGAUCACUUCAAUAUCAACUUCGCACACCCAUCAUCAGCUCCUUUGAUCUAUUUUCAGAGUUCAGCCUCGAGGAUUCAAGAAAUAUGUCCAAACCCAACUUCUACCAUCAUCCUGAAGAUCCCAAGCAUACGGGCUUCAAGCCCCGAAAUGACGGUCGACAAUUCGAUCUCUAUAGUCUCGGUCUUAUCCUGCUAGAAAUCGGUCUCUGGAUGCCCCUCUCUGAUCUGUGGAAAGACAAAUACAGCCUGGUAGACUUCAAAGAACGCAUCAGGAGUGUAUAUAUCCGGAGGUUGGCUUCAAAAUGUACCACUACAUAUCAACAAGCUGUUGCCGACUGCUUCCUUGCAGCUGAUAGGAUCGCAAAUGGGGAGGUGCUUCAAGAGAACUUCAUGCAGAUCUACGAGCCUAUUCUUAUUAGGCUGAAGAAGUGUUGCUCCCUAGAUGAAGCAGAUACAGAUCUUCAAUGGGAAAAACCAAAGAUGCCAUUGGCAGCUACUGCAAGCACGUCUCCUUCAGCCAAGCGCAAGAGUAUUAGCGUCGCCCAAACAGCAGAAACACCCCAGAGCCCCUCGCAUCGUGCGAAGCGAUGGGCCUACGAAAAGGGUUCACAGUACCUUGAACGUGCGCAGUCAUUGUCAAAGACCCUGUCAGAAGCGACCACAAGCCCUAAACACUCACCGAACCCUUCACUAUCACGCAAUGGGUCCCAGCGUUCCCAGAAGUCGCAACACAACAUCCUGCGCAAGCCCUUCUCGAACAGUGUUACGACUUUCAAGAGUCCAGUAGAGGAGCAUGCUCCAACCAUGGACUGGAGACCUCAAAACGAAGAGGAACGAUCGAUGUCUUUAAACGACUUGCAUUCAACUUCGAUGACUCCGUUAGGUUACAGGAGUGACGUAUCUGUGAUUCAGAAGCGAGACCUGGACCAGGCAGCAAGCAUCAUUCAACGCGCAUGGCGCAAAACGCGCUCCGCCCACGAAACAGAUUUGCCCCACUCCAUGACUUUUAAAGACUACAAAGACAGAAUCACCCUUCUUCAAAAGACCUGGCGCCAGAAGAAAGAGCGCACAAAUACUGUCGGGACCCUGAUCUCCGUCGCCAAUACACAAAUGAUGUCUUACGCAGGACGCCCAGAGCGCGAGCUUUACCCUACUCCCGAGCCUGAAAUCGAGCACCACAAAGUAUCAGAACAGCCUCAACUCGACACCUCAAUCAUUCAGAUUGAGAGAGAAUCGGAGCCCAAGACGCGGCCGAAGUUGCGAAUCCAACGAACAAAAUUCUCCGAACACAUCUACGAAGAAUUUGGUAAGGAGAUGCUUCCUCGUUUGGAACGCCUUCUCGAGCGCGCCCUCAAGAAAUCUGACGAGACUGUCGCUAUUGACCUCCUCGCUAUUGGAGACACUGAAGAAAAGGCCCGCCCCACCGUAUGCAUUACCUGCAGCAGUACUGCUAGGGUGAAGGCGAUCCUAGAUCAACGGUUCAAAUACGACAGCGACGUGUACGAUCUCAAGGUUCGUCGCGGCAAGAUCCGAAGGUCCAAGAUGAGCCGCUCUUCCCGUCGAGGCAAACCACCCCAUCGCUCCAUGAUGAACAUGGAUUCCUCCGCCGAUACGGGCGUUAUGAACCCGUUUCAUCAGCAAAGGCCAGUGUGCGGUGCAUCCAUCGGUGCGUAUCUUGGCGAGCACCUCCCACCAGUUUCGUACGGUGGAGUCAUCUUGGUGGAUGACGAGCCUUUGGGAAUGAGUGUGCACCAUCUCUUGGAUGCGCCGUCCGAGGAUGAAGGCGAAUAUAGUGACGAUGAUGAUGACUACGAUGAUGACUUCAGCGGCGAUGAAGCCGUUCUCUCCAGUGCACGAAGUGGUGGCAACCCAUGGCUCAUGGGCAUGGGCUCGCAGCCAGGUGUUCAGGUCUCGGCGCCUGAAUUCUCAGGUACAUGGCCAUUGGAGAUCUCCGACGAUGAAGACGACGACGACGAAGACCCGUAUGAGUUCUCAUCUGACGAGGGCUUUGAUUCGGAUGAGGAAUCUGAGGAUGAUCUUAAAGGUUCGAUCAUGUCUCGGGGCACGAUUGGUGACAUCAGGGGUGUCGCCAUUGGCGAAGGCAAGGAUAUCAAAAUCACCCAACCAGCUAUCGACGAUGUCAACGACGACUUCUUCCCUUGCGAAGAAGACCGUGAUGAUGAUCACCUCUCCUCGCAUGAGCUCGGCUAUGUGCACGCUUCUUCUGGCAUACGACGUUGGGAGCGAGACGGUGUUGUCCACGAAAUCGACUGGUCACUGCUCAAACUCAAAGAAGAACGUCUCCAGCCCUACAAUGUCGUACAGGGGGGAAGAAUGUACUGCAGCAGCUCUGAAGUCGCGCCAGAACAACUCGACAUCCGCGAGAAACUCGCUACCCCAGUGACACGACACCGCUACGAAGAGAAGCAAGACGAGUACCCAAACGGGGUAGCCAAAGUCGAUGAGCUGGGCGGCCUCCUUGUCCACUGCAACGGUCGAACUAGCGGGCUUCAAGCUGGCAUGGUCGGCCAUCAGAUGAGUUCUGUCCGCAUCCAUCGACGAAAGAGUUUUGCUCGCAGCUGGUACGUCCUAGGCAGUUUCGGUGUCGGUGGAGACUCCGGUGCGUGGGUAAUCCAGAACAACACCCACAACGUCGUGGGACAUGUCCUAGCAUACUGCGAGGUUAAUAAACUCGCCUACAUCUGCCCGAUGGAGGUCCUAUUUGAAGACAUCAAACGCACCCUCGGCGCUGAACGUAUCUACCUCCCAGGUUCACGCGAGCAAGCGUCUCCAUCAGUCCAAUCAGUCAGCCCCGCGCCCUCCUACAGGGAAUCAGAAUCCAGUAAAGUCGAAGACCUCCAAGUUGCCAUCAAGAGACUCGACCUCGACUCAGGCAUCGACGUCAGCAGCAAAGUCGGCAGCACCAGCAGUGCACGAGCAAGCCCAACCCGAAGUCGUUUCGGCGGUACCGCCGGCCUACCCGGCCUGCAACCCAUGGGCAAAGACAGCGACAAGGAGAACCUCCCCAUGCUGCGGAGCAGCAAGAUCAUCAACAUCCAAGAAAGUCGUGACGGCGGGCUGGAGAUGAUAGGGGUCCCGUGACUAUCUACUUCAGCCCUGCCACUGCUACUGUGCACUUUUAUCGCCGCCAUGCUGUGCAAGCUCCAGCUGGUGCAUGGGUGUGUGGCAUAAUUAGCAGUGACACGUGCGCAAUUGUACAUACAUAAAUCACAUCGUCUGGUGACGAGUGAACCAACGAACGAACGGAAGGAACUAACGAGAUACCAACAUUUUCUUUUUAUGGAGUUUAUCAACCCCUGGGAUGGGGGGGACUGGACUCACAAGGACGGAAUUGGCAUAUACCCCCAACAUUGUGUACCUAGGCACAUUGCCUGUUGACAUUUUGGAUCGGAGAUAUCAAGGGGAACUUUACUAUUAUUUAAUGCCAAUGAUCUAUAACUUAAGGUUUUGGCUGAGACUACUACACUCACUACCAAUAUUAAAAACUUAUUACUUUAACAA